UCUUCUUACUGGGAAAUGGAAAUAGAAACCACUUUUCCUGGACAGAAUCUGACUGAGGCCGUGCGGUGCCACAUUGGUGAGGGGGUUCCCAGGAGCGGUUCUCUGGAGUUUUCUCCAGAGGCUGACGUGGAGUUGGCGGAGAAGGAGCGCUGUGGCGGCGCGUCGAGGCAGCGCGCCGCCUGCCCAGGUGGCCCAGAGCCCGAGCCGGAGCGGUGUCCGGCGCCCCUCCCCGCCGCUCGAGCCCUCCCACUUCCUCUGAAAGAGCCGCUGCUGUCAGGGAGCCCGGCGCCCGGCGCAGUGCAGGCUGCAGGCGCCGCGCCGAGGAGGCUGCCGCUCUGGCUCGCCGCCCCCCGCCGCCGCUGCACACCGGACCCCGCCGCCGCACCGCGGGCCAUGGACCUGCCCAGGGGCCUGGUGGUGGCCUGGGCCCUCAGCCUGUGGCCAGGGUUCACGGACACCUUCAACAUGGACACCAGGAAGCCCCGGGUCAUCCCUGGCUCCAGGACCGCCUUCUUUGGCUACACAGUGCAGCAGCAUGACAUCAGUGGCAAGAAGUGGCUGGUCGUGGGAGCCCCACUGGAAACCAAUGGCCACCAGAAGACGGGAGACGUGUACAAGUGUCCAGUGAUCCACGGGAACUGCACCAAACUCAACCUGGGAAGGGUCACCCUGUCCAACGUGUCCGAGCGGAAGGACAACAUGCGCCUCGGCCUUAGUCUCGCCACCAACCCCAAGGACAACAGCUUCCUGGCCUGCAGCCCCCUCUGGUCUCACGAGUGUGGGAGCUCCUACUACACCACAGGGAUGUGUUCAAGAGUCAACUCCAACUUCAGGUUCUCCAAGACCGUGGCCCCAGCUCUCCAAAGGUGCCAGACCUACAUGGACAUCGUCAUUGUCCUGGAUGGCUCCAACAGCAUCUACCCCUGGGUGGAGGUUCAGCACUUCCUCAUCAACAUCCUGAAGAAGUUUUACAUCGGCCCAGGGCAGAUCCAGGUUGGAGUUGUGCAGUAUGGAGAAGAUGUGGUGCAUGAGUUUCACCUCAAUGACUACAGGUCUGUAAAAGAUGUGGUGGAAGCUGCCAGCCACAUUGAGCAGAGAGGAGGAACAGAGACCCGGACAGCAUUUGGCAUCGAAUUUGCACGCUCAGAGGCUUUCCAGAAGGGCGGAAGGAAAGGGGCCAAGAAAGUGAUGAUUGUCAUCACAGAUGGAGAGUCCCACGACAGCCCAGACCUGGAGAAGGUGAUCCAGCAAAGCGAGAGAGACAACGUAACAAGAUAUGCGGUGGCCGUCCUGGGCUACUACAACCGCAGGGGCAUCAAUCCAGAAACUUUUCUAAAUGAAAUCAAAUACAUCGCCAGUGACCCCGAUGACAAGCACUUCUUCAAUGUCACUGAUGAGGCUGCCUUGAAGGACAUUGUCGAUGCCCUGGGGGACAGAAUCUUCAGCCUGGAAGGCACCAACAAGAACGAGACCUCCUUUGGGCUGGAGAUGUCACAGACAGGCUUUUCCUCGCACGUGGUGGAGGAUGGGGUUCUGCUGGGAGCCGUUGGUGCCUAUGACUGGAACGGAGCUGUGCUAAAGGAGACGAGUGCCGGCAAGGUCAUUCCUCUCCGUGAGUCCUACCUGAAAGAGUUCCCCGAGGAGCUCAAGAACCAUGGCGCAUACCUGGGGUACACAGUCACAUCGGUCGUGUCCUCCAGGCAGGGGCGGGUGUACGUGGCCGGAGCCCCCCGGUUCAACCACACGGGCAAAGUCAUCCUGUUCACCAUGCACAACAACCGGAGCCUCACCAUCCACCAGGCUCUGCGGGGCCAGCAGAUAGGCUCUUACUUUGGGAGUGAGAUCACCUCGGUGGACAUUGACCGCGAUGGUGUCACUGAUGUCCUGCUGGUGGGUGCACCCAUGUACUUCAGCGAGGGCCGCGAGCGAGGCAAGGUGUAUGUCUACGAGCUGAGACAGAACCGGUUUGUUUAUAACGGAACGCUCAAGGAUUCACACAGUUACCAGAAUGCCCGGUUUGGGUCCUCCAUUGCCUCAGUUCGAGACCUCAACCAGGAUUCCUACGAUGAUGUGGUGGUGGGAGCCCCCCUGGAGGACAACCACGCAGGAGCCAUCUACAUCUUCCACGGCUUCCGAGGCAGCAUCCUGAAGACGCCUAAGCAGCUCAGGGCCGCCCGCCCCCACACUCACGGUGUGCAUGCCCUCCUGCUCUCUUCCUGCUCCCUGCAGAGAAUCACAGCCUCAGAGCUGGCUACCGGCCUCCAGUAUUUUGGCUGCAGCAUCCACGGGCAAUUGGACCUCAAUGAGGAUGGGCUCAUCGACCUGGCAGUGGGAGCCCUUGGCAACGCUGUGAUUCUCUGGUCCCGCCCUGUGGUUCAGAUCAAUGCCAGCCUCCACUUUGAGCCAUCGAAAAUCAACAUCUUCCACAGAGACUGCAAGCGCAGUGGCAGGGAUGCCACCUGCCUGGCCGCCUUCCUCUGCUUCACACCUGUCUUCCUGGCACCCCACUUCCAAACUACAACUGUUGGCAUCAGAUACAAUGCCACCAUGGACGAGAGGCGGUAUACACCGAGGGCCCACCUGGACGAGGGCGGGGACCGAUUCACCAACAGAGCUGUCCUGCUCUCCUCCGGCCAGGAGCUCUGUGAAAGGAUCAACUUCCAUGUCCUGGACACUGCUGACUACGUGAAGCCAGUGACUUUCUCAGCCGAGUAUUCCCUGGAGGACCCUGACCAUGGCCCCAUGCUGGACGACGGCUGGCCCACCACCCUCAGAGUCUCGGUGCCCUUCUGGAACGGCUGCAAUGAGGAUGAGCACUGUGUCCCUGACCUUGUGCUGGAUGCCCGGAGUGACCUGCCCACGGCCAUGGAGUACUGCCAGAGGGUGCUGAGGAAGCCUGCGCAGGAGUGCUCCGCAUACACACUGUCCUUCGACACCACAGUUUUCAUCAUAGAGAGCACACGCCGGCGAGUGGCAGUGGAGGCCACACUGGAGAACAGGGGCGAGAAUGCCUACAGCACAGUCCUAAAUAUCUCACAGUCAGCAAACCUGCAGUUUGCCAGCUUGAUCCAGAAGGAGGACUCGGACGGUAACAUCGAGUGCGUGAACGAGGAGAGGAGGCUCCAGAAGAAAGUCUGCAACGUCAGCUACCCCUUCUUCAGGGCCAAGGCCAAGGUGGCUUUCCGUCUUGAUUUUGAGUUCAGCAAAUCCAUCUUCCUACACCACCUGGAGAUCGAGCUCGCUGCAGGCAGUGACAGUAACGAGCGGGACAGCACCAAGGAAGACAACGUGGCCCCCCUACGCUUCCACCUCAAAUACGAGGCUGACGUCCUCUUCACCAGGAGGAGCAGCCUGAGCCACUACGAGGUCAAGCCCAAUAGCUCGCUGGAGAGAUACGAUGGUAUCGGGCCUCCCUUCAGCUGCAUCUUCAGGAUCCAGAACUUGGGCUUGUUCCCCAUCCACGGGGUGAUGAUGAAGAUCACCAUUCCCAUCGCCACCAGGGGCGGCAACCGCCUGCUGAAGCUGAGGGACUUCCUCACCGACCAGGCGAACACGUCCUGUAACAUCUGGGGAAACAGCACUGAGUACCGGCCCACCCCAAUGGAGGAAGACUUGAGUCGCGCUCCGCAGCUGAAUCACAGCAACUCUGAUGUCGUCUCCAUCAAUUGCAAUAUACGGCUGGCCCCCAACCAGGAAAUCAAUUUCCAUCUACUGGGGAACCUGUGGUUGAGGUCCCUAAAAGCACUCAAAUACAAAUCCAUGAAAAUCAUGGUCAACGCAGCCUUGCAGAGGCAGUUCCACAGCCCCUUCAUCUUCCGUGAGGAGGAUCCCAGCCGUCAGAUCGUGUUUGAGAUCUCCAAGCAAGAGGACUGGCAGGUCCCCAUCUGGAUCAUUGUGGGCAGCACCCUGGGGGGCCUCCUGCUGCUGGCCCUGCUGGUCCUGGCACUGUGGAAGCUCGGCUUCUUUAAAAGUGCCAGGCGCAGGAGGGAGCCUGGUCUGGACCCCACCCCCAAAGUGCUGGAGUGAGGCUCCAGAGGAGACUUUGAGUUGAUGGGGGCCAGGACACCUGUCCAGGCAGUGUUCAGACCCAGGCCUGUGGCCCCACCGAGCUGGAGCGGAGAGGAAGCCAGCUGGCUUUGCACUUGACCUCAUCUCCUGAGCAAUGGCGCCUGCUCCCUCCAGAAUGGAACUCAAGCUGGUUUUCAGUGGAACUGCCCUGCUGGGAGGCUGGGACACCUUCAACACAGACUCCUAGGGAUUUAAAGGGACACACCCCCACACACACACCCAGGCCCACGCCAAGGCGUCCCUCAGGCUCUCUGGAGGGCAUUUGCUGCCCCAGCUACUAAGGUGCUAGGAAUUCGUAAUUAUCCCCAUCCUUCAAAGAAACCCAGGGAGGAAGACUGUAAAUACGAACCCAAUCUGCACUCUCCAGGCCUCUAGUUCCAGAAGGACCCAAGACAGAACAGAUCUGAAGUCUGCCCUUUUCUCUCACCCUUCCCACCCCUCCAUUGGCUCCCAAGUCAUACCCACUCCCUUCCCCAUAGAUAGGCCCCUGGGGCUCCCGAAGAAUGAACCCAAGCCCAAGGGCUUGAUGGCGACAGCUGCGAGCCAGGGAUGAAGAAAGGCUCUGAGAUGCGGAGACUGAUGGCCAGGCAAGUGGGACCAGGAUACUGGAUGCUGCCCUGAGAUGAGAGGCAGCCGGGCUCUGCACCCACGUGCAUUCACGUUGACCGCAACUCACACAUUCCCCCACCAAUUGUGGCCCCUUGCUCUCAGCUGCCAACCCUCCCAGGCCACUUUUGUUCCCAGGUACCUCAUGGGAAGCAUGUGGAUGACACAAUCCCUGGGGCUGUGCAUACCCACAUGUCUUCUUGCUGCAGGCUGCCCCUAGACAUGGACGCACUGGCCCGGCUGCAGCUGGGCAGCAGGUGUAGGGGUGGGGAGCCUCCCCUCCCUGUAUCAGCCCCUCCCUACACACACACACUGCCUCCCAUCCUUCCCUUAUGCCAACCAGUGCACAGGGAAGGGCUUGGCCAGCGCUGUUGAGGGGUGCCCUCUGGAAUGCACUGAAUAAAGCGCGUGCAAGGACUCCCGGAGCCUGUGCAGCCUCGGUGGCAAAUAUCUCAUCCGCCAGCCCCCAGGACAAGUGGUAUGACCAGUGAUAAUGCCCCAAGGACAAGGGGCAUGCCUGGUGCCCAGCGGAGUAAUUUAUGCCUUAACCUUGUUUUGAGGUAGAAAUGAAAGGGGGACACAUCGAAGGCAUCUGUCCCCCGUGCACAGUACGACCUUUACUGUCGUAAAUAUUUUUGAAAAAUUAAAAAUACAGUGUUUAAAAACAA